AGGUAAAUGCGUCAGUAUAAAAUGAUGAUAACAAUUCUACUUUACUUUACGAUGGCAUUUCAUCGUUCUCAAGCCAAUUCAUGCAGCCAAUCAAGACAGGCAAGCAAUGACGUCAGACUUCAUGGUCAUGUGAUCAAGAAUAUUUCUGGGUUGUCAGGCGGUCAUUGUCUUGACUCUUGUAAAUCAGAAGACGGCUGUCGAAGUAUCAAUUACCAUCCAGAAACUAAACAGUGCCAGUUAAACAGUGUUACGAAUCUGACAAACCCUGAAAACUUUGUUCCUUCACAAGGGUUUCUAUAUUUCAACGUGAAAACAGGUGUUCCAAAAGCCUGUAGUGAUGCCUAUUGUGCUGGUAAGGGACAAUGCUUGUUUAACAGGACGUUGGGGAAGCCUUACUGUUUGCUGACUUGUCAAGAUGCAAACAAACUUGAAGACAAACAAGUAAUAUCUUUCCCAAGAAAGUCUACUAUAGACAAGGUUGUUUUGGAAAAACCCACGUUGUCUUUGUCUGAGUACACUGCAGCCAUAUGGUUUCAAGCMGAUCCAGGAACCUCAGCACAUUCUGUAUUUCAGUACCUUGCAGCAUCAGGAACUCCCGAACAGUUUGCUUUGUUCGUUACAAAAACCUACAUAGAAAUCAAUGUAGGGAGAUACUGGAUGACAGUGUCUCCUUACACGAAUACUGUCGAUGGUAACUGGCAUCAUGUGUGUUUCUCAUGGAGGAACAGCGACGGUGCCUACAAGKUGUAUGUCAAUGGCUCGUUGCAUUUCCAAGGAWCUCGAGACGCAGGSUACGUUAUUCCUAGAGGAACCAUCUURCUUGGUCAAGAGGCAGAUASUUACGUUGGGAGUUUUGASUCAAGUCAAAGUUUCCAGGGCAACCUAACUAGUUUUAACUUGUGGAACAGAGUCCUCAACGCACAAGAAGUGUCCGAGCUUGCCAAGUCAUGCAAAGGGRCUGGACAAGGCAAUAUUGUAACCUGGUCAGAUCUCUCGAGCAGAGGAGAAGGUCAGGCCAAACAGAUUAUCUCCGAUUUUUGCUGCAUUGAUGAAGUGAUAAUUUAUUAAAUACACUUAAUCUGUUAAUAUCAACAUUAGUAUAUGACAACGAACUGAAAUCACAGGGAAAAUAAACGUUUAAUUGAUGUUAACAAUUUCACUUGACUAGAUUCUAUAGAGGUACACAACWUUCAUCUUUUCAAUUUAUAAAUAUUGCGAAAACUGUCGAGUUAACUUGGAAAUGUGAUGCAUGUAUAGUAGAGAGAUAGUUAUGAGGCUUGUUUACACAUGUUUACAUAAACUAACUAGCCUUUACACUUCAUUAACAAUAAACUUCAUUAACA